UGCAUGGGAGAGGAGCUUUGGUAAGUGACCGCACAACUUUCGGGGGGACGGGGGGGUGGGGGGGGGAGAAGCUGCUUUUUGUGGCCGUGAGCAGCGAUAUCGGGCUCCCCCCCAGAGGCAGCGUGCCCCGGGGGGGCAUCAGCUCCCCGAGGCUGUGGGGCUGCAGCUCGGCCAGCUCGCCGGCACCCGGGCCGGCCUCGCUUUCCCCCCCCCGCCCCCGCUCAGUUUUCAGGAGGUUUCGCAAGGAGCAGAGCAAGCCCCAGGAGGGAAAAGCCCCACGCCUCCCACAUCGGGGUUUUGGCAGUCAGGAGAGCCGCAGACCUGGCACACGGGCUGCCGCCCUCGCUCAGUGCUGUCAAAUACAGCUCUUAGGCACCACACAGGCUCGGGAAGACUAUAUUUUUUUAAAAAAACAAAACCAAAACCAAAAAAUGAAACCACAACUUGUCAAUCCACAGGGAAAGCUUCCCCUCUUCCCGUUUUUCUUCCAGACCACCCUCUGGGGCAGAAAGCCCCAGUGAAUAGCUAGGCCUGGCGACAUGCCCUCGGGGUCAGCAGGCUGGCUCUGCCUGACAGACCCCACGGGGGAAGGGACGGCAGUGAGGUGAGGACAUACCGAACGAAAACCGCAGCGCGGCGUUCUCCCCGUGCGGGAGCUCCCCUCACCGAGGCUUUUAGGGGGAGUCGGGCUUCAGAAGGGAGUUUUAUCUGCAACCGGUGGAACAAGACGAAAGUAGAUGAAAGAACUAAAACCUCAGCGGCCCUCUCCCGGAGCACGCUGCGAACACGCUCACGGUUCCGUCCCUGGCUUUUGCUGCCGGCUGCGUCCGUGGCCCCGAACAGCCCUCGCUGUGCUCAAGCGUUGGCUUCCGCAGGCUGGUUUCGCAUCCCCCCCCCCCCCUCUAAAAUCAGUGACUACCUCAUGCCGAUUUAGCUGAUCGAUUAGAAACCCACUCGUGAUGAUUUAGCUGAUCUUUUGGAAGAUCUCAGUGGUUCUACCAAGAGAUUUUGCCACUCCCCUCGCCCCCUUUUGAAAAAUGGGAAAUCUGUGGGUGCCCUUGGCAUCCUGGGGGAACGACACAAAGGGACCUUCUUUUGCGGCACCUUAAAGUGCGGAGCAGAGUUCCCUGGGACUGGGCCAGCCCGUCCCUCUGUCCCCACCAAGAUUUCUGCUGAUGUGAAAGCAAUGGAGAGGUGAGGCGGGGAAGGCGGCUGGGGGUGGGGACGGACACACACACACACACCUUUUCGGGGUUUGGCCUGAUGCAGCCGUUUUCCCCCCGGGGUUGAGCACAGGGUGAGCGAGGACGUGUCGGCUGCCGAGCCGGCGCAGCGGGUCCAAGAGGUGCUUGUGUGGUCGGAGCGAGGGCCGAGCCGCUUUGCCGAGAGCCGCGGGGCUGGGGGUGCGCGGCAGCGGCUGCUGCCCGUCGCCUGAACUGUCCUCCCAGGGUCAAACUGUUCAACUUCAGCCCCCUUUGCCAGGCUCAAUCCUACUUUACGGGAACAAAAGCCCAAAGUAGGCGACGAUCAAGAAAUGGGAGCACAAUGAUUUAAGCUUAUCACACAGCCCAGAAAUAAAGGACACUGAGCUUGUGUGGGGGAGAGGGGGAGACCUUCAGAAGGGCUUUGUUUGCUGUAAGAAGAUUGAACUCUGAGGCGACCCGAUAGCCCUAAAAGUUUAGGGUCUGUGUUGCUGAGAGACCUUUGGAUACAGCCCAUCCACACUUCGACCUCACAAGUUGUGAGCCAGCAUUAAUGGCCUGCCUGCCCCAGGUGAAGGAGGGGUGCGACACCCCCCGGGGAAAAGGGGGGUGCAAAGCUUGCAGGGAGAGGAGGGCCUGAGCCCUCCUCCCAGCUCUGCCUCCCCGAGGGUCUCCUGAAGGUUUGGGGGACCAGGGCUGUGCACACCCCGAAUCCUGGGCUGCCCAGCCCUGCGGCAGCACCCCUGAACCCUGCGAGUUGGGUGGUUCUGCUUUUAAAAGUAGGGGGGGGGGUGGGGGGGUGCCAGAAGGUGUCCCCCCACCCGGCAGGGUAGCGGGAUGCUCUGUGGAGGGGAGGAAUGCAAGGCUGCUGCUGUGACCGUGUCCCCCCCCCAUGCCCCAAGCCAGGUCCUUUCCCCCCCGCCCCGGUGCACACCACAGUGAAAAACCCCGCAGGGAGGGAGGGGUCCAGCUCCCCGACUCCCAAGCCACACGAGCAAGUUUGGGGGUUCGUUUCGGGAUCAAGGCAAGGAGGGGGUGGGGGGGAGGUGUCGUUGUGUUCCCCCCCCCCCCCCUUUCAGAGCGCUGCCCCGGCAUCCUUCCCCCCACCCCCCGGGGCGGACGAGCCCCUUGUCGGGGCCGAUUGUUCCCGGCAGAUUUGCAUGGCAGGUGCAGGCCUGCGGAGCGAUUUCGCCGUCCCAAGCUCACCACCCCCCCAAGAGGGUUUGCCUUCCCCCCCACCCCCCCCCCUUGUGAAAAAAAGGCCGCCGGUGCCUUCCUUUCCCAUGAAGAAGAGAAGAAGCUUGAGGAUCGCGUGAACACGCUUCAGUUUUCUUAUUCUUUUCUAUAGAUGUGGGGAAAAGAACAGCCGAUUGUGUGAAAAACCCAGUGCCUGCAAAAAGGGACAUUGGCCAUCCAGGCGAAGGUCCAUACCAAUGAAGCCCUGGGAAAUAACUAUCGUCAAGGCUCAAAACCAUAAACUAUCUAAAAUCCAGUAUCCUCUGGCUCUGCUGAGAACCAUCAAAACACAGCUAGAAGAAACAAUUAAGCAGCUCUGCAAGAGGAUGUGUAACUUGUCCCUCACCAAGACUGCUUCUCACCCACUCUCAGUGCGGCCGGAGUAGCUGUCACCAUCCUUGCCAGGGACAGGCUGCGUCACUGAAUGCCAAAAGCCCCUCGCCAGGUGAUUUCUUUCAAAGCUUCAUAAAAAGAAAGCAGAACAUCGGUUAAGACUUCUGAGUCUGCUCCACAGCCAGCUCUCCAGAGUGCCUCAGAGUCUUCUCCAGAAGUUUAACAGCGUGGCAGCAUCUAGAAAUUAUACUGUGUCCAGGCUUAGCCCACCACUUCUCACCAUUUGUAUCUCAACUGCUGAUCCUCCUCUGUGCACCUUUGAGACAGACCUACGGCCAAACUUCUGGCACGCAUCCAUCAUGUAAUUGGACUGCGGUGUUGUGAGCAUCUAUUUCCCCAAGCCUGCAAGAUUUCUACUUUGAAAAUUGUUCUUCAGAGUUCAACCAUUAACAAGACGCCUCCUUUGAUGUCAUCCAAGUAGUUGACAGAAUGACAGGAAUGGAGACUGAAACGGCAAGAGACAAAGCCAUGGAAGAAGAAAGCACUGAACAGAAAAAGGAGAGAGAGAAAAAGAAGAGGUCAAGGGUUAAACAGGUGCUGGCAGAUAUAGCGAAACAAGUGGAUUUCUGGUUUGGCGAUGUUAAUCUCCACAAAGAUAGAUUUCUCCGAGAACAAAUAGAAAAGUCCAGAGAUGGGUAUGUUGACAUAUCGCUUCUUGUUUCUUUCAACAAAAUGAAAAAAUUGACUACUGAUGGAAAAUUGAUAGCUCGAGCAGUUAAAAGUUCAUCUGUUGUAGAGUUGGAUUUAGAAGGAACUAGAAUCAGAAGACGCCAACCCCUGGGUGAGCAACCAAAGGAUGUGGAUAGUCGUACGGUCUAUGUGGAGCUGCUUCCCAAAAAUGUUAAUCACAGUUGGAUUGAGCGUGUGUUUGGGAAGUGUGGUAAUGUAGUUUAUAUCAGUAUACCCCGGUAUAAAACUACUGGCGAUCCAAAGGGAUUUGCUUUUGUUGAAUUUGAAACUAAAGAGCAAGCAGAGAAAGCUAUUGAGUUUUUGAAUAAUCCACCAGAAGAAGCACCACGGAAACCUGGGAUUUUCCCCAAAACAGUAAAGAAUAAGCCUGUUCCUGCACUAAAUACAAGUAACAGCAGUGCAGUAGAAGAGAAGAAAAAGAAGAAAAAAAAGAAAUCCAAAAUCAAGAAAGAGAGCAAUGUGCAGGCAGCUGUAGAGACAAAGGAAUCAAACAUGAACACUACAACAGAGCAAAUACCCAAGUCAAAAAGGCAUAGGACUUCAUCGGAGUGUUCAGAAAUGGAGGGAACUGAGACUCAUAGGCAGCCCUCAAAGAGAGAGAAAAGGAAAUGGGACAGAACAGAAAGCUCAGAGGUACCUUGGGAAAGCAGGCCGGGGAAGAGAAAAAGAACCAGCUCUGGAGAUGGUGAGACAUCAACUCCAAAAGUCAAGAAAACUGUUCAAAAGGAUGAAGUUAGUCCUGUAAAAGAGGAAACAACAGAAGCUCCGAAGGAUUCCAAUGACAUUUCUGCAGAAGAUGACAAAGAUAAAAAAGACACAUCCCUUUCAAAAUCUAAAAGGAAACAUAAGAAAAAACACAAAGAAAGACACAAAAUGGGUGAAGAAGUCAUUCCACUCAGAGUACUCUCCAAGACCGAAUGGAUGGAUUUGAAGCAAGAAUAUUUGGCCCUUCAAAAAGCCAGUAUGGCCUCCUUAAAGAAAGCAAUGUCUCAAAUCAAACCUGAGCCUGUGGGAGAAAUGGAAACGGACUCUUGUGCACAGAAAAAGUCUCAUUCUGAAAAUGACAAAUCCACCAGUGAAGAUUCUGCCCCUCCUGCCAAGGCUAACACAAUGGGGCCCCGGUUUCUGAGUGGAGUAAUUGUGAAGAUCAUUAGCACUGAGCCCCUGCCGGGCAGGAAGCAGAUCAAGGAUGCUUUGGCAGUGCUGGCUCAUGUUGCUUAUGUUGACAUGCUGGAGGGAGACACAGAAUGUCAUGUCCGUUUUAAAUCUCCUGAGGAUGCACAGAGUGUCAUGAAAUCGUACAAAGAAAUACAGAUUAAAAACAACUGGAAAUUCGAAAUUCUCACUGGUGAUCACGAACAACGUUACUGGCAGAAGAUUUUAGUGGACAGACAAGCUAAACUUAACCAGCCUCGAGAAAAGAAGCGGGGUACUGAGAAGUUGAUUGCUAAAGCUGAAAGAAUAAGACUUGAAAAGACUCAACAAACAAGUAAACAUAUUCGCUUCACUGAAGAUAACUAACCAGGACUGAUUGUGAUCUUGAAAGUGAACUAAAUAUUUAAAAAAAUCCAGCUGAAAACAAACCCCACAGACACCACUGCUUACAGCAACUAAACUUUUUUUAAGAAGGCAUCAAAACCUGUUCCGUUUGAUUCAUAAUUCUGCAGACUGCAAGUAUGAAGAUUGUUCUGAUUCCUUUUUUUAAAUAGGCUGAAUGUUUGCUGCUUCUGAGCCUUUAGUUAAAGCUUUCUGGAGAAAAGGCAUUAAGAGAUCUUGCUUUAGUUCACUUUUUUUUUUGUUUUGUUUUUUUUCGUUUUUUUUUUUGUAUGUUGAAGUUUUAUACACUAGGUUAUGAAAUAAAAUGCUUG